AUGAUUUGCUUUAUUUUGCUUGGCGGAAUCAUUGCUGUAAUUGUUGUAGCUGUAUUAUCAUCAACUAAAACAAUGACGACAAUUGCUACUACCAAAAGAAUAACUACAACUGUAUCGACAAAAUCUACUACCACCACCCAAAUCGCAAGUGUAUUCACAACAAGCACCACCACAACAACAACUGAAACAACGGCAGUGACAACAAUAAUAACAACUAGUUCAUGCUCACCAUCAUGUAAUUCCCAACAGACAUGCAUACAAAGUGUAUGUUUAAAUGUAGGACAUCUCGCAUUCGCUUUGACAUGGUCUCAACCAGGCGAUGGAGAUAUUGUUGUUACAACACCGAAUGGCAAAGCAAUUAAUUAUCAAAAUGAAGGUCCUUCGUCAAGUACUGAUCAAGGGAUAUUGGACAGAGAUGAUUCAGACAGCAUAGGACCGGAAAAUAUUUAUUGGUCAAGUAGUAGUUCUUUACCACCUACAGGAACCUAUUAUCUCUGUUUUGAACCAUAUUCAUUCAAUCCAACUAUCAGCAGUAGUAAUCCACUAACGGUCACCUACCAUGUUGUACGUUCUUCUGGCACUAUUCUCAAUAUUACAAAAAUAUUUACUUCGACUUUAAGUGAUUCAUAUAAUUGUGAUGCAACUUCAAGCACUCUUGUCGGUUCAUUCAGUUAUCCAUAG